AUGUGGCUGGCGACUCAGACUAGACCAGACAUUGCGAAUGCAGUAAGGGCAGUAGCUAGGUAUUGCGCAUCUCCGAAGCUGGUACACUGGAGUGCAGCGAUGGAUAUUUUGGGCCAUGCGAGGAGGACGAGUCACUUUGGUAUUUCGUUUCAGAGAGGUACGGUAGAGGGAUUCAGCUUGCAGGGAUACGCUGAUGCGGACUUUGCAAGCAAGGCAGCAGACCGUAGGUCGGUAUCAGGGGGGAUCGUGACGUGUGGAGGAGGCGCUGUGUCUUGGUUUUCCAGAACGCAAAGAUGCGUCACGCUUUCGACGACAGAAGCAGAGUACGUCGCCCUAGGCGACGUAGUGGAGGAGAUUUUGUUUUUGAGGCAGAUUUGGCGUUUCAUGUUGCCGCAGGUCGGCAUGCCGUGCAUCCCCGUCUUCGAGGACAACCAGGGGGCGAUUCAACUAGCGCAGAACCCCAUCUCAAACUCGAACUCGAAGCACAUUGAUGUAAGGCACCAUUUUCUCAGGGAACUGGUAGAGAGGAAGGAGAUUUCGGUGAUUCACGUGCCGUCUCCGUACCAGCGUGCAGACUUUCUUACGAAAAGUUUGCCCAAGGAUGCGUUCGAGUCUCACCGUGAUUUUGUGAUGAAUUUGGCAUGA